CCAUACAAUAUAUCUCUUCCUUGUCUACUAUUACUUUACGUAAUUUGGGAUUUGUUCAUUGUACUGAACAAUGAAAUACACCGAAAGUGUAGAAAUUUAACAAGGAAGUGGAAAAUCCAAAUCAUUAGACGACAUUCUCCCAAAGACAUCAAAGUUAGCAAAAUGUUGAAAAGUUUCGUUCUAGUGUGUUGUCUAGUUACUGGACUUAUUUCGGCAUUAGCGGAAGCUAGACUUGUCAAGGAAAUGGAACAACAUAACAUUAUAAAUUCUGACCACAAAACUGACCAUGCUGACGACAAAACUGGUACCACUAAACCGAAAUCUGGCCACGCUGUAUCGUGUGGACCACCUGAUUCCAAAAUAAAUGUUACAUGGAGUCCAAUAUCUCCUAAAUCUGGAGAUGUUCUGUCACUUUACUUUGAUUUCACAUUUAAUGAAGAAUUCACAAAUGGAAUUUAUUCUCUUAAAUGGUAUUCUCGACUCGACAUGAGCACUCCGUGGAGGGAGGCUACUGGCAUUUCUAGUCGAAUUAAAUGUGAAGAUGUGGAAGAAUAUCUAAAGGCAUCAGACGUCAAUACAAAACAGACGCCUAGUAAAUGUCCAUUCCAAAAAGGAGGGAUAUAACUCUUUGGUGAUUAGCAUGAAAAAUCAGAACGGACAUGUAACUGCUUGUGGAAAUGCCACAAUAUAUCUACAGAUACCUGAUUACGACGAUGACGACGAAUAGAUAGUGUGUGCGUCUAUACAGAACAUCGAUAUUCUAUAUUAAUACAUUACUUCAAAAUGCAUAUUAUUAUUUUACCCUGCGAUCAGUAAGCAAAGAUAUACAAACAAAUAAUAUUUUCUGUCCUAUUUUUUUUCUUUAUUUCAACAGGUCGAGACCACUACUUUAUGUGGAAAAUGAAUUUCAAAAAUUGAUGUCUUAUAAUUCUAUUCAAAAAGUUAUUGUUAAAAAGAGCAAAUCUGCAAAGUUUCGUUAACUUUCUAAGAGGAAAGAAUUUCCUGAUGCAAAGUAAAGCUUGCAGUUUGAAAACAAUAGAAAUCCUGAAAUUUGCAAA